GAUCCACCUACUUUUGCAGGUGAGAAUUCAAAUUUUGCCGCCCAGUUUUGCAACAAUGGCAGACAGUGCUGUCCUGUAUUUGUUUGCAAUGUUUGGGAUCUUUUCAAAAGGUCUAACAUCAGUGAUCCAAACACAGCAGAUUGUGGUGGCAGCAGUGGGACAAGAAGCUCAUUUCAACUGUCAGCUCCUUCAACCCAAGCAAGUCCUGCAGGUCACCUGGCAGAAAGUCUUACCUGAUGGAGAGACGAAUCUCGGCACCUACAACAAGUUCUUUGGUGAAACAGUGAACCCAGAAUCUGCAGAUAAAAUGGACUUUAGUUACACUGGACUGCAGAUCUGCUCCAUAGUUAUCCGGAACGUGACGGAGCAGGAUGAAGGCUGCUAUCGCUGCUUGUUUAACACCUACCCUGAAGGAGCUCUGACUGCCAGGACCUGCCUCCAACUGUACGAGCUGCAUGAACCCGUCCUCCAUGUCGGAGAAUCCGACUCUGCUGGAGAGUCCGUUCUGUCGUGUUCAGCCACAGGUCGACCUGCUCCCACCGUAACUCUGAACGUUACACAGCAACACCUUCACUUCUCACACCACGACAUUGUCAGCGUCAGCAACAACAACGGUACAGUCACUGUCACCGUGACGGCAGUGCUGUCAGGUUUCCGUGGCAACAGCACCCAGGUUGGAUGUGCAGCCCGAGUGCUGUCUGGUCCUCAGAUGGAGGCGUUUGUGAUGAUUCCUGAGGUGAAACCGAGUGAUGAUUUUUAUGAGCAACUGGUAUCGGAUAAGAGUGAAAACAAUUCCACCUGGAUCGUUGUCCUCGUUGUUGUGAUGGUGGCCUGUUGUUGUGUUGUUGCCGGAGUCAUCUUUGCUGUGAUGAAACAAAAGAGCAAGAUUAGGGACCUUGAGAGGAACAAAACACCACAGAAACCAAUCCAAGGUGAUCAGGGGAUCACAACACCUUUUAUCAACCAGGAGAAUGAGCAGCUCAGGCAGCGAUCAUCAGUGAAGAAAAGUCCACCAAACAGAAACCAAAAACCUUCACCUUCAGUAGCAAAAAGACUUGAAAUGUGAUUUUGAGAGAAUGAAACCUGCUGAACAAAACUGCAUCACACUUAAAUAAGAAGGGAAACUGUAAAGGAGUUGUUAAUACAAGAGAGGGCAAAUCUGCCCCUGUUUUUGGAGAAUGAUUAGAGCCCUUCAGAUCAAGAGAUUUAUAAACAGUUUUUUGAUAUUUGCAUUUUUGUACUAUGAGAUUUUUAAAACCAUUUUUCUUAUCAGUUGUGUGUCUAUAUGUUUUAUAAAUGUUUUUUUCACAGAACUGUUUUUUUACCUUUGACAUGUAGUGUCUUGUGUCUUUUUAUGUAACACUAACAUAAUAUCACUGUUUUAUCAAGGCUAAUUCUGUUGUGAAUUUUGAAUAAAACAUAUGUCCCUCUGCA